CGAGGCUCCAAGCUCGGGCAAGCGCGUGCUGCUGUGACAGCAGUGUUAUCAAUACAGAAAGCUGGACUGCUUCCUUAUGAAGGCCUCUCCAGCAGAGGGCACAGUGAAAUUUGAUGCAGCCCCCGUUCAUUUCAAUAUGCCCGCUGAUGGAUAUAUGUCUUUAAGCUCAUCCAGCCUGCCGACGCACUGUAUCUGCUGUGCGAGUAACACCACUGAGCACCAUGAAGAGUUCCCCUGACCUCAUGCCAACUGAGCUGGACCCAACUCGUGUUUGCAUGGGGAAGGGUGCUGUUAUGUUGAGAGCGACGCUUGUGCACAUUGAUGAUGAAGAGAACACAAGCAAAGAGCCACCCGAGAACCCAGCCAAAUGUGGUUGGCUUGGUGCGGUCAAUGGAGAAACAGAAACAGGUCUGGCGCAUAAAGAUGUAAACAACACCACAGCUGAUUUAAAUUCAACACAAGUCAAUGAGACACAGACAAAGGUGGACUCACCUCAGCAUACGUCCCGUCCUGAGCCACGAAGCGCUGUUAGCUCAUCAACCAAAGCGUCCUGUUCGUAUCCCCCUACCAGCAGCGUGAAUCCUACAAUCGUCUUACUGCAGCACAGCAGAGGAGCAGUUGCAGAGAAGGGCAGUGGCCCUAACCAGAGCCCUGCCGUCAGCCAGAUAAUAACUCCCACUGAAACACCAGUAGACAUGCAAGGCAAGAGAAUUAAACUGUCUACUGCACCAGCACCUCGAGUCCCAGUGCGGAACACAGAGAUAUCAAAGGACUGGUACAAAAGCAUGUUUAAACAGAUCCACAAAGUCCCAGAGCCUCUCGAAGAAAAUCCAUAUCGUCCCACCUACAUAUUCCCUGAGAGCAAUGACAGGCCGAUCAGAACCAGAGAUGACAGCCCAACACAUGCUGCUGAGGAUGUGCGGACUGUUCCUCGCUCAAAAAGCGCUGCUGAUGUGGGAAGUUCAAAAGUACAGAUGCCUGUGCCAACACGCACGUCCUCCCUAACACCUCACAGGAACGAGUGGGAGCCCCCUGACAAGAAAGUAGACACCAGGAAGUACCGUGCCGAGCCCAGGAGCAUAUUUGAGUACGAGCCAGGAAAAUCUUCUGUACUGAGGCUGGAGAGACCGACUCGGGACGUAUGUCCGGAAGAUGUAGAUUUAGAGAAUGAGCCAUGGUAUAGGUUCUUUACUGAGAUGGAGUUUGGCAAAGUGAGUGCCCCCUCUUUCAGCCCUUUGGAAACAUCCUCCGACCUACAGCAAUACUCGGCCUGUAAAACAGGCGGCAGUGAAGCUGAAACGAGGGACGGCUUGUCUGCCGGUGGGCAGGCAGCUCCGGAAUGUGAUCGCCACAUUUACAAGAGCGUCCUGGAGGGCGGCGACAUCCCUCUGCAGGGCUUGAGAGCGCUUAACAAGCGCCACCCCAGCACUUCAUCCAAAGUGGAUUAUAAAGGUGGGAAUGGCUAUAUGAUUUCACCCAGCUCAUCUGUAAAUAGUCACUCAGUUAUUGCCAGUAAUGUGCUAGCUUCUCAAUAUAAGACUAAAAAGUCCUUGUCAGCUGCCAAAGCUUGGAUCCCUCAAAUCCUUCCCUCUAAGUUUAAGCCCAAGCUAUCGCCCGCUACUGAUGAGAGCCAGGAGAGACGGGCUGAGCCGACACAGCGGCCCAAAGCGCACAGCUGUGAGGAUCUACACGAAGACGCCUGUGGCUCCCAGAACGGAGAUGGAACCGUCAAUGAUCACAGGUUAAACUCGGCCUCAGAGGGCAACUGUUCACCUGAGAGCAAAAACCUUCAUAAAAAUGGACCUGUUUUGGGAUCAGUGAGAAGUACAGAAUUUUCUGCCCUUUAUAAGAACAUGCACAACAUUCAGAGGCCAAGCUCUCUGGGGUCCAGCCCCAAUGGUAGUGUCCGCUGCCUGGCUUCUUUGUUUGAGAAGCCUGGAGAUGACACCGAAAAGAGGACUGAAAUCAUCCCGCGGGAUGCCGUCACGUUCCGGGUGAUGGAGUUUGAGCGUAUCAUACAGCGAUCCAGCUCCGCACCCACUCGAUCUGCCUCGAUGCCUAUACUUCCUAGCAACCCAAGCCCUUCACAGAGCCCCGUACCAAGCUGCUUCCUCCAGUCGACUCUGUCAGCCGAGACUUUGGUUAUGCCAGCUCCUGCACAUAAUGAGGACUGCCCAGCUUUGACUUCCAAAGAGGAACCUUCUGUUUCAACACAUGUGAAUCACACCUUAAGAACUGACUUUUCUUUGGAAAAUGAGGGGAAAAUGGAGGAGAAAACCAGUUGUAGACAUGAUGCUGCCAAAGAGAAUUCCACCAGCGAUACCUCACAAUCUACGGGCCACCAUCACCAUCAUCUCCAUCACGAUCACUUCCCCCUCCACCUCAAACAAAGCAAAUGUAAAGGCACCUGCCCUGCUUCCUACACUCGAUUCACCACCAUUCUCAGGCAUGAGCGUCAACAAGCCACCACACUGCAAGACAAGAGAUGUUCUCCACCGAGGAACUUACUUUUAAUGGGCCCGGCCCCUUUCUCCUUAAGGAGAUCACUACACGGUCAACAGGCCAAAAAGACUUGCCCCCUCUCGGCCAUGAAGCCCAUGGCCGGAGACCUGACAGAGAACCGUCUCUUUUGUCCCAAGCCAAGGCCUGUUAUUCCUCAACGCCUGUCCUCUUUGGAGGUGCUGGAGAGGUUGAGUAAUGGAGAAACCUCUCCUUGUGAAGGGUGCAACUCGGAUGACCUUACGGAUGUGGAAUGUAAAGAUCACGCUGAAGAUUCAGAUUCCUCACACCCGAUAAGUCAUGGAGAGAACUCAGACGAGGCUGUCCGGAAACGCUACGGAGAUAAAGAGAAAAUUCUGGAAGAGCAGAGACGGCUGAAGCGAGAGCAGGAAGAAGCAGACACAGCCUCUCGGAGACACGCUGGGCUUGUAGUCACUCAUCAACAGUUCAUUACUAAUGAUCGCUUCGGUGACCUGCUGGUUAUUAAUGAGAAAGACAAGAAAAAACCCAUAGAGAGGACUCCUGCUCUUGCAAGAUUCGACUUCAGAGCAGAAACUCUAAAGGAACUACCAUUUCAAAAGGGAGAUGUUGUGUACAUCUACCGGCAGGUUGACCAGAACUGGUUUGAAGGAGAGCAUCAUGGGAGAGUUGGAAUUUUCCCACGCAGUUAUGUUGAUAUCCUGCCUCCAACAGAGAAAGUUCAGCCCAAAAAGUGUGCUCCGGUCCAAGUGCUGGAAUAUGGGGAGGCUAUUGCUCGUUUCAAUUUUACCGGUGACACAGUCGUUGAAAUGUCUUUCAGGAAGGGGGAGCGUAUUACACUGAUUCGUAGAGUGGAUGAAAACUGGUAUGAAGGCAAAAUUUCUGGCACUAACCGGCAGGGAAUCUUCCCGGUCACCUACAUAGAGGUGCACAAGAGACCCCGAGUGAAAAACGGAGUGGAUUACCCGGAUCCGCCUGUCAGCCACUCUCCUCACCGGAGCACUAAUGCCUCUCCACAGCCCAUUCGUAAUCGGCUCAUCACCUCCCCCCUUCCUCUCCCACGCUCCCCCUGUCGAUCUGUCUCACCUGAGGUCCACGCCAUCUCCAAUGAGUGGAUUUCUCUCACAGUGGGAGGAGUCAGCAGCAGCCCCCCUGCCGCACCCACUCCGCCCCUUCCCCCUCUGCCAAGCACCUCAUACCGUUUGGGCGAAUACCUGCCCCCAUCCCUGUCAGCCAGCCCUGUGCCUCCCGUUAGCAGCAGCCCCUACGGUAUCUCCCCAAUGGCUUCUCCAUCCACAUCUCCUUUACCUCCAGCCCAUCCACCCCGCCCCUGCUCGGCCAACCCGUUCCUCACCUUUACUCCACCUCAGGGGGAGGACUUCCUUCUUUUCCCGCCCUCUCCUCGCCUCUCUCGCAGCCUGAGUCCAUGUGGGGGUGCUGGGCUUGAGGGUUGGCUUAAUGGGGGUAUCAGGUUGGAUCAAGAGUUACAGGAAAGGAAUGGGGCAGAAAUAGACAGGGCUGGCAGCCUCCACAAGGCUCCUUACAGCAGGGGCAAUAGCCCAGCAGAGCCUUUAAAAAACGAUGUAGAGUAUUAUGGGAGAUCUUCAAGAAGUCCUGUCAUGCUGUUUGACAUCCAAGACAACAACAUGAACGCCAAUUCAUUCACGGAGGCAGUGUGUAAUGAGAUCAUGAAUAUUGCAGAGACCUCAGUGAGGUACUGCAGCACUUUGUCACGCCCCAUAGACUCCGCCCACCGACUACUGUGUCCUCCAUAUAAACGCUCUCUCAUCAUUUCCCAGCAACCCCUGUCCCAGAGCAGCAGUCCUGAGCCUGGACGCAUGAGCUGUGGAAUAUUUCAGGCUCUGUACAAUUAUGUGCCUCAGAAUGACGAUGAGCUGGAACUACAGGAAGGAGAUCUGGUCAACGUAAUGGAGAAAUGUGAUGAUGGCUGGUUUGUGGGUACAUCGAAGAGGACAAAACAGUUUGGCACUUUUCCUGGCAACUAUGUAAAAGUCGUCCAUUUGUGACCCAACAUCAUUGAAGAAUUUAUGGUGUGUGUGAAGAGAUUCUAGCGCUGUGCUUAACAGGCAGACCCUGUUUGGGACACUCACGAUAUAUUGACAUCAGAUGAAGUUAUCUCCUCCCAACCAAAAUUUAAUCUUGUCCGGGUGAAUGUCGAGGUAUGUGAUCAGUAAGGUUUGCGGCAUGUCAGCAAGGAACACGUAGUUCAAUUGAACAACAGUGUCAGAUGUUGGUAUUAUCUAAUAAAUGAAGGAUUUUAUUUGUUUUGAAAUGCUCAGAUUUAGCUAAAAGCCAUUUAUAUUUCUUAUCCUGAGGAAAAUGAACGGGUUUACAGCUGCAAACUGUAGUGAAGUGCAGUGCAAAACACUUCAUCACAUACCUGACAUACAAGCCAUUUCUGAAAAAAAAGUAUUAAAUUAUACAAUUUAUUUUUGCUAUAAAUGUGAGCGUGUAAGGUUGACAGUAUACUGAAAGCAUCUGAAGGUGUCUGUAUUAAAAAGUUACUGGGGUGAGGAAAGCUUUGAAGAAAGUUUAAUAUGAAGUGUUUCUAUUAAAUUGCUUUAGAAAUGUGGAUUCAUAAAACACUCUUUGAAGAAGUGUGAUUUCAAUAUAUAUUCCAAUAUGAGCAUUGACCUCUACAGUGUA